AGUAUGAUAUCAUCAAUGACGUCACUGUGGUAACGCGCCAGAACGCAAACGUGCACUUCAGUCAAUCGCAGGCGUUCAAGGCGCGACCACGUUUCUUAUUAAGAAUCGGUAAGGAAAAUAACUAUGUCUCAUUCGGUAACUAUUAGAACUCAAACGGUAACGAGUAGUUCUACUGCAGUUAUCAUCAAUACUGGUUACUUAAAAACGUGGAGCGGCUCGUUUAAAUUAUUUGAAUUAAUACUUGGAAUAAUAUGCGUAGCAAUAGUGGGACAUCACAUAUCUUCUCAGAAUUAUAUAUAUGCUGCAGAACUAUUUUUCUUUUUAAUGACGACAACAUUUAUGAUUGGUACUUUUAUUUUGCUUUUAAGUUGUUUAGCUUCCCUUUCAACAUCUUCUAUCAUCGCAAAGACUACUUAUGAACUUCUUUAUCAUUCAAUAGCAUUUGGAUUAUAUCUAGCAGCAUCGUUAACAUAUAUAGUACAUGUAUCUAAUAUGAAACGUUACAAUGAAUACGAAGUAUUGAUGGCGGCAGCAAUUUGUGGAUUGGUAAAUUCAGCGCUAUAUCUUCUCAGUACAAUUAUUGCUCUCCGUACAUACAGAGGACUUUGAACGCUUUGAACCGUACCUUAUACAAUUUUUAAUAUCUUCGAACACUUCGAAGUUGGUUACCAUAUAUUUCAUAUAUAUAUUUCAUAAAUUAUCAUUAAUAUUUUGAUACCAAUCAGCAUUAUUCAAUAGAAAUUUUUAUACGAAGUAAGAUUUUUAAUAUGAUAAAAGAAGUUAUUAUUUAUCAUAUUUUAUAUAUUUGACACAUAUUUAUACAGCGAAUC